CGCUGAUAGGCUGCGCCCUCCGUCAAACAUUGCUGCCGCCCUCUCCGGGUGUGAGUGGAGGUGUAACCGAGGCUUCCGUCCCCGGGCUCGGCUCCCUCGCUGCAUCCGUGUUUGCUCUUAGGAUCCAGGUGGCUUGAACGACAGAGUCAGUCCUGAAUGUUUGCAGCCUUUUGCUUCAGAUGGCAGAGAAAAAAAAGGUGAACACUGACCUGCAGCAGUUGCUUUCUGUGGAAGGGAAGAAAUAUCGGACACUGUUCUGGUAUUAUGUGUGCGUGCUUCAUCUUGAAAAGGUCUCUGAAACAAUCAGUAGACAUUUAGGAAGAGAAUUGAGGAAGUCGUGAGGUUUUUUUCUUCUAGCAGUGUCGAGCACAUCACCCUUGGAUUCUUUUGUCCGUAUGGCAUGGAUACGUAGCUAAAUUUAUGAAGUUCUUAAUACUUCAGCUGCCAAAAUAAAGUGCUUUCCUCUUAUUACAUACUCUUUUUCUUCUCGGCAACAUUCUUUCUGAGUCAGAGGCAUAACCAGUUUUGUUAACUGGCUCCAGUUAAAUGUGGCCUGAGUCACUGUGGAGACAUUGCUGAAAAGUUUCAUGGCAGAAUUUUUCCCCCCCUUAUUUAAUUUUUUAAAUUUCCUGACGCAGUCUUCUCUCAUUCUGCAGUGAGACUGAUUUUAUAAAUGAAGAAUUUAAUAGAUGUUUAUCUUUUUUUCUUUUGUACUGUAUUUAAUAUUUCUGUUGAAAAAUGUUGUUGCCAAUUAGCAAUAUGGAAGUAUCCAGAUAACUGUUUAGAAAUGCCUCUGCUACCAGAAGGUAGGAAAUGUUCUGCAGUUCAUGUGUGAAAUUUGGGUUUUUGGCUUAACAUUUGUGGAGUAAAACCUCUAUUUAUUUCACUUGGAGCUGAUGCUGCGUAUAGUAGUGUCUAUGGAAUAGACAAGAGAAGAAACUGUCAGAGAAAAGCUUUUUAAGACAGACAUUGGCAGACUUUGUAAAUGGCCUUGCAGGAUCUGUAAGCGAGAAGGAUGGGUAGCUGAUUUCUGUGAGGUCAAAUCUAUGUCAAACUGCUGUGAAUGUAGUAUCAACAGGAACUUGGAAUUUUAUCUCAAGGAAAACAAACUGGAAAAAUAUAAAUCACGCAGUACUAACACCCUGUGCAGUCCUCUUGGAUUAGGAAUUAAUUAAUCUGACUGGUCUGCAAGUAUAACACUUCAAAAAAAGCUCUUUCUCCUUGGAAUGAUUCAAAAUUAAAUCAAGUGGUGAAUUGGCUUAUCUUCCUUGUUAUUUUUAUAUGUACUGUGUAGUUUCCUUCAUCCCACAGUGAAUAAAUAUUUUUUAAUUUUGGCAUUAAUGUAUUUAUAAUAAUUUUUUGUAGGUUUGCAUUCAACUGAACUGCUGCUGCCUGAAAGAAAAUUAAGAUGGACAGAGCAACUUAAUUCAAAACACAGCAACACAUGACUUCUAUCUAAAUGUAUGGGCUACAGAAGGCUUUUUUUGCUGAGGUCACUAAGGUCACUACACAUUACUUGAAUUGGUCACAAGAGGCGAUUGCUGAGAUGAGACAGUAAUUUGACCAGUAUGACUGAAGAUGUUUAAAUGUAUUUGAGUGUUAAUAGUGUGAGGAUAGCGGUAUUUCAGUAUCUUUUUCUUACCUUUCUAAAAUUGUGCAGCUCUGCUUCCACAGCUGAGAGCCUGAGCCAAGUUAGGUUGAAGAAUGGCAGAUCUGUUCUAAUGGGGAAUGGUGGUUUAAACAAACAUGAUAAAUUCUGGGCCUGCUCUUUUGUUACCAAGAGAGUUUCUCAAAGUCCUGGAAUUGUUUUUUAAUCUGUGGUGUUUUCCUCAGUAAGUUUGCUUCUGAUAGCUGUAUUAAUGCUGGGAGUACAUCAGCUGCUUUAUUAGUAUUACUGAACAGCGUUUUUGUGGUGUGUAUGCAAGAGAAAAGUUGCUAGUAGAUGUAUGGUUUCAUGUCAGUGUAGUAAAAAUUUUAUGCUACUGACUUUCAUUCUAUUAAAAUACUUUAAAUGUUGUUUUUAUUUAAUUUAAAAGUAGUAGAUACUAUGUAUCUGAAUAAAGGUUGCAAAUGCUUUGGUGGACACAGAAUGCAGACACAUCUCUGACUUUUUGGGAUAGCUUAGUUAGGGGACCUGAAUAGCAGGGAAAGAAGGUAGAAAGAACCUUUUUAAUGUUAGAAUGUGUUGGAGAAUAAUUUGCUAGUUGUUGGUCCAGCUUAAGUUGGAAAACAAGCAAGAAACACACUAGUGUUGGCAACCAAGUUGAUCAUAAAGGGUUUAAGCAUUGUAAAUCCUGCUUGUGACAGCAGAGGUGCCUUGCUGAUAUCCCAUUCUUAUGUUUUGUGAUCUGUUUUCAGUAUAUCAAAAACACCUUCUUGAGAAUGAAGAGUAUCCUAGAGCUAUCAAAUGUGUCAGAUCAUCUGAACAGAGAUCCUGCUUGUAAAAAAAUUUUCUUUAUAUAUAAGGCAAACUUGCUGGCAACAUCAGAAAGCUAACAGCUAUUAAGAAUGUUUAUGAAACCUGGUAGAAUAUGGAACUAGCAACUUUAAGCUGGAUAGGCUAUGUUCUCUAAAGCAGUUUUAAAAUAUCUUUUCCUGACUUGCCUUUUGUUUCCCAGUUUAAUUAUGGCUGGGAUGUUUGUACCUAUUCAAAGUUAGAAAGACGUAAUAAUGAAAGUACACUCUGUUCCCAUGUCUAAUUGCUAGGCCAGGCAUAUGUACAAUUAGGUGAAAGAAAAUGUUUUCUUGACUUUGGUGUAGAGUAUCCACAGGAGUUGUUUUUCAUGUUAAUGCUUAACUGCAAACUUCGAAGUUUGGUCAGGUAGUGUUCUAGAAAUAUAUCUGUGCUUUCUUCUUGCUGUUUUUAAAUUUAAAACUAUUUGGAAGAAUUAGCCCUAAAAGUUAGUCUUUUAUGGGCUUAUUGAAACUUACAUAUAUAUUCUGUUGCUGACUUUGUGCUCUGAGUAUUGUGCAGUUUUGGCCCAGGUCUCUGCCUUUACCAUUUAAGUUUAUUUCUUUCUAAGAAAAGGGCUGACUCAUCUGACUGAGCAGUACUAUCAAAAAAUUUGUAGAGCUUUUUUAGCUGAGAGCAUGAGGAAGACUUGAAUCUGCUUCUAGGAAAAUUUUUGCAUGAAGAAAUAGGCAGUCAGUGUCAAUGAGCUGGGGGAAAAGAUCUUUUUACAAAAUACCUUUCCAGUCCUUGGAUACUUGAUGAUCACCCAGUCUUUUGCACUAAGGCUAAAAGACUGUAAGUCCCUCAGUCUGAAGACUUUGUUGUUGUUGUUGUUUCAGUCUUUCAGUACUGAAAAUCUGUCUUGAUAAUUUCUGAAGAUAUCAUGAUUCUUCUCCUUGGAGAUGAGAACUGUGUCUAAGUGAAGGGGAAUACAUUUUUUUUCUUGGUGGAAUCUGCUCAGGGACUUGCCAUGAGGUGCUAAGCAUAUUUUCAUUGAUUCGGAGAGACUGGACCUAAAUGGCGCAGCAUGACUUUGCUCCAGCCUGGCUUAAUUUUCCUACUCCACCAUCAUCAACAAAGUCAUCGCUGAAUUUUGAGAAACAUUCUGAAAAUUUUUCGUGGACAGAGAAUCAUUAUGGAGCAAAUCGUGGAAGGCACAAUUCUUCAGAGGGAUUUGAUUCUAGCAUUGGAAAACCAAAUGGAGGGCAUUUUGGGCGAAAAGAGAGGAAUGGUUGGCGUUCACAAGGAAGAAAUGGUCCAGAAAAUAGAAGCCAUCGUGGAGGGUACCAUGGUGGAGGUUGCCGUACUCGUAGCAGCACCUUUUAUUGUGGAAAAGGCCAGAGACUGCAUGAAAACAGUGUACCUGAUAAUGAAACCCGCAAAAAGGAAGACAAAGAAAUACCUAACCAGUUUGAGGCUGAGGAUUUUCCAUCUUUAAACCCUGAAUAUGAAAGGGAUCCAAACCAGAAUAAAUCUCUAGCUGCAGGUGUGUGGGAGUACCCUUUAAAUCCUAAAGCUAGGUCUCAGAGAAUGCUGGUCAUUAAAAAGGGCAGUACAAAAGACCUGCGAAUAUCUGGAUUCCCAGUAGUGGGAAGUCUUCGCUCACAGCCAGUAAGGAACGGAACUGGCACAAGUGUUUAUAAAGGAUUAGUUCCCAAACCUGUCACUCCACCUGCAAAGCCCACACAGUGGAAAAGCCAAGUAAAAGAAAAUAAACUUGGGAAUGCAUUUGCUCGUGAGUCUGAAUAUGGUGUUGGCAAUUUCAGUCCUUUCAAAUCAACCAUCAAGGCACUUGUAACUCAGAAUUCAGCGAAAGAGUGUAAUCGGUCAAAUUCUUCAUCACCUGUUGACAAAUCUGGUCAGCCUCAUUUAACAAAAUUGACAAGAAUGCGGUCUGAUAAGAAGAGUGAAUUUCUGAAAGCAUUGAAAAGAGAUAGAGUGAAAGAGGGACACGAAGAUGAGAAUCAUGAUGGGCAAGAGAAGGAUGAUGAGUCCUUCAGCUUGCAUAACAGCAUCAGUCCUCAUCGUGAGAGAGAUAUAAACCGAAACUUUGAAAAUGAGCUUCCACAGGAGAAUGGCAAUGCCUCAAUUACACCUCAGCAGAUCAUUCAGUCUUCAGCUUUCCCUCAGGCAAAUGUUCUUUCAAGUUCACUUGAGGCAGAGCAUAGGUUGUUAAAGGAGAUGGGCUGGCGGGAAGACAGUGAAAAUGAUGAAACCUGUGCUCCUCUAACUGAGGAUGAGAUGAGGGAGUUCCAAGUCAUUAGUGAACAGUUACAAAAAAAUGGCCUUCGGAAAAACGGCAUUUUGAAAAAUAGCCUCAUGUGUAAUUUUAAAUUUAGCCCCUGGAAAAACAGCACUUUCAAACCUGCUCUGGAGAAUGAGGACUCUGAGACAAGCAGCAGUGAUACAUCAGAUGACGAUGAUGUGUGAAGACUUCUGUAACACCUGUAGAAGCCCAUUUGUUUUUGUGAAGAUUUGGGGAUAUUUUGUCCAAAAACAAAAAUUGUAAUUUAUGAAGUAACAUGCCCACUACAGGAAGAAUGAUGGGACUUUUCUCUUAACGAAGCAAGGAAUGUUUUGUCGGGCGUGUUGAAAAGCACUAGAAUUUCUCUGUUAACGAAUGUUGUAGGAUGAGGCCUUGUGUUGGCCCAGCACUGACUUCCAUCACUGAAACCAAUGUGACAAUGUUACAAAUCAGACUUUCUCACUUAAUAAUAAAAGCAAAGAAUUG